AUGGCACGCGCCGGCCAGCGUUCCGCCGCCCUUCAAGUUGGCGUCGCCACGCUCCUCGCUGGCCUCGUUUCUCUCGCGCUCAUCCCAAAAAGUGGCGCCGACGUCUACGACACGUUUGUUGCAUUCCAGGGAAAGGGUACUGCUUCCGCUCGCUUUUUUUUCAACGAUAAUCCGCGCAAAAAUGUCGCGUGGCUGUUCUCGACGCCCCCAAUCAACGCGAGCAUCCAGUGGGGCAUCCAGGACGUGCCGCAGCUGAAUCGCGAGUGCAUCAGCAUCGCCUUCCACCCCAUCGCGGACUGCAAGAGGAAUCCUUCCGUGACGUUCCAGCGCCCUCUGCCCAUCACCAGCAGCUCCUUCACCAACUGGACCCUCGCGACAGCCAAGGACUUGCCAGGGUCAAUCAAGUGCUGGACGGGCUUGCCGUGUGGCCUGAGGAGCACCAGUCAAGGGGAUGAUGGAUUAGGCAUGCGUAGCAGCACUUCCAUUCUGCCCACCAUGCUCAGCAUCAAGCCUUGUGUCGCUGCUGCUUUUUCCAGAGACCAAUGA